CAAACGAUGGCGAGAGGGCGCAACUAGAUUCAUCAGCGGCGGCAAUUGACCGAGGGCUUCAAUCUGCAGGGAUGGACGAAGAUGGCUAUGCGAGAAUCCAGCAGGCCGCAGGCCAACAUCGGUCGACAAUUGUUAAUCGCAACAAGAGACUGACUAUUCGUGGAUCCCCAUCGCAAGAGUACUAUGGAAGAAUCGCGACGGCGCUGCGUUCACCAUGGAGGAUUCUCAUUGCGCACCUUCCCUGUAAUUACCUUUCUCAAACAAAUACCAAGAAGGGAGAACAACCCUAUUUCAGUGGAGGAAGCAACUUGGAGUUAUGGCCAGAUGGGCGAUUCUCCAAAACGUAGGCAUCCAAAAUGCUAUUGAAUAAUUUUUAUUUAUUGCAGUAACUUUUAUUUGAUUAUGGCACAAGGUUCACAUCAAUUCAUAUUCGCAGACUUAUCCAAGUACCUGCCACUCCAUUCUAAUUCUUCUUUCUCUAUUUUUUAAAUUAGGUUGAAUAAAUAUGAACCUGACAGUUAGCAUGCUCAGUGAACCUGACAAUAAAUAUGGUUGAAUAUGGGGACUGAAUAUGAUAAUAUAUAAUGUUGUACAUGUGCAUUGAAUGAAUGUAUUGACGAAGUGUGUUGUGCAGUGAAUUGAACACAAUAGAUCGUAUCAUAACUCUGGCGAAGAGUGCAGUGAUAAUGACGGAAUGUAGAACAGUAACAUCGACAUUAAAUGCAAUAUAUUUAAUUAGACGUAAAAAUACUAAAAUUAGUAAAUCUAAAUAUUUAAAAAUUAAAAGAACUAUCAAUAAAUUCCUAAAGAGGAUGAGAAGAGAACUAAUGUUGGUGGAAGUGCGGUGAUAUGUUAUCGAGUGUGCAAUAAUGUCGUGCAGUAAAUGUAGCAUAAAGUGCAAUAUUUUUAAUCGGACGAAAAUAGUGUAAAAUGUACAUUUUUGAAGCACGCUCUAGUCAAAUAUCGGGAAAGUUCCCUGUAAAAAUUUGCAUUAACUAAGUUCAAGAAUAUAGACUUCGAAGUUCCGAAAGCAACUAGACCUACCUUAAACCUAAAUAAAUCAAACAGCAACCAUACAACAUCAAAACAACCAAAUUGGAGGACCCCACUUUGCCAAACACACCAUCGGUAUGAAUGCAUUAACAAUACAUAUCGUGUGAAAUUUGAGACGCUCCACUAGAGUAUAUUCUUAAUUCGUUAGGCUGGGCCAAAUUCGUUUAAUUAAAUUAAAUUCCUUAAUAGCAACUAAUAAUAGGAACUUAAAGAUAAAAUUAAACUUCGUACAACGAGAAAAAGAGAGAGAAAAUCAUAAAAAGAAAAUUACUAGGACACUCAGUAUAUAUAUAUUUAUUAAAUUAAUUAAGGCUAAUAAUACAACAACUAUUUGUUUGGGCGCUGAACAAUAAAAGUAUGGGUUAACGCCAAGCAGAUGCGACGGCGAGUAUCCGUCCCAUCCAUCCAAAGCCGAUUCCUCCGCCGGCUUGCUCACUUAUGGUGAAUCCCGGGUUGCCACGUGCCCCAGAGUUGAGCUUCGACCGGAGCGAGUUACCGACGUGUUGACUCAUCGGCACCGAGCUGAACCCGGCCAUGCCCAAGCGGGCCCCCCACUUUCCCAACACUUCGCAUCUUUCGACCCGGUCCCUCCCCUCGCAAGCCACCGAGUUCGCCAUUUUGCGACCCAGUCCCUCCUCGAUUCUAACUCGGUCGAUGCUGUCCCUCGGAACCGUCGCGUCCAGCGAGUCAAACAGUGCCGCGUAGUACCCACACGCCUCGUUCACGCGCGCCGCGAAUGGAGCCGUGUUCCCGUUCAGCUCCUGCUCCACAACCGAAACCACGUCUGGGGAUAACGCCUUCACGCGCCUGAGGAGCGUGUCUCUCAGAUUCUCCGUCGUCACGCUCUCGUCGGGGAGUUUGUACAGUUUGAAGGCGAAGUUCACGACCAAAGCCUCGUCGGCUUCGACGCCGAGCCGUUCCCGGCUCAGCUCGUUGAUUGAGCAGGAAACAAUGUUGACGGUCAAACUCACGCCGAGGGAGUGAGCCUUGUUCUGGAGCCGCUCAUCGAAAUCCCUGAAUUUUUUGUCGAAACGGCCGGCCGUGUCCGUGACCGUCGUGAUCUUUAAUGCCGGCGGGAGCUCUGUUUUCCUGGCGGCGAGGGCAUAGAGCAAAUGCAAGUACUGCCCGCCUUCGCCGAUAUCAAAAUCAACGACGUGGAUCUUACAGAGUCUCUUCUCCGGAACAGCUUCCAGGAUGGCGAGGUUUGCAGCCAUGAAACCCAGCUUGAAGCAGGGCGAAAAUUCGUAGAGUUUUUGAGUGGAGAAAUCCUGCUCAUUGCUAAUCAAGUCCAUUACAGGGGGCGGAAAAUCCACCGGGUUCACGCGCGAUCGCAGGGCGGAAGCCAUGUAAGCCGUCAGUCUCUGUUCGGCGGUGCCCUUCACGUUCGCAACCAGAGCAAGGCGCGUGAGAAUCUCUGAUGCAACCUCUAAUUUUCCUUCGGAUACCGCCGUUGCCGCCUCCGAUAUGGCCACCUUUGGGCAAGUCAGCGCCGGCGACUCCAUAGAUGAAGCACACGACGACGUCGAAGACGAGGUAGCCGGCGAAAUCGGCUGUUUGUUAUUCAUAUUCGGGCACUCAGUCUGCCCAUGGGCCUGGGUCGGACGAAUCAGACUCUGUAUAGUCUCCGACCACUCACUAUUUGUCACGGCGGAGACGACUGUAUUGGCUUCCUCCUCAUCGUUAUCAUCCAAAAGCUGUUUCUCCAGCUCGUGUAACUGAUUCAUCAUCUUCUUCUCCGUCUCCAACCCACCAACCGUUACAGAACCUAAAGCGCCUCUGUUUUGGACGCAAGAAUUUUGAAAAGACACCCCGCUAGCAAAAUUCGGGUUAAUCGCAUCAGAAUGUAACAUACCGUUAAAAUUCACGUUUCCGAUAGGCAGGGAUGAAGGCUGCGGCCGGAAUUGUUGAAGAACCGGGACGCCGUACCUGGUGUUCAUCACCGGAUAAUUCGAAUUUGAAGAGAGAGAAGAAAAAUCUACCGGAGACAGAGGAGAUAUCGGAGAUGAGUGCUGAUAAUUUCUAGGUUUCACGUUGCGGAGAUAGAGCCCUAACGCCCCUUGCCGUUGCUGGAGAAAUUGCAGCUGCUGAGACUCCGCGAAAGAUCUCUUGGCGAUCAAAUCGGACCGCCGUUGAGCGAUCUGAUAAAUCGGGUCGGAUACAAUACCAGAAAUCUGAGAGCCGUAGGGAAGGUGAACGCCGCUCUGCAUAAGGCUGACGUUGUGAUGGUUGAUUGGAACAGAUCUUCCGUUCAAGAUUCCGUCGGAGCCGCCGUAGAGCUCCUGAACGCUGCCGGGAAAUCCAGACGACAUUUUGUCUCCGGCGAAUAAGCUUCCAAAAUUUGGAACCACUAGAGGAGGCGUGAAUUUUUUAUAAAAUUCUGCAUUCCCCAAAAAGGAAGAUUUUUUAUCAGGAUGGAAGAGAGGGUGGGACAGAGAAAUUUGUAGAUAGAGAAAGAAAAGGGAGCUUCGUUUUAGGCUAUUCCAUCCACUCUUGUCAUAAUUAUAACUGCUGGUUCUUGAGAG